AAGGGUCUAGCUGCGGCCGCGGCCAGUACACGAUGGUACACGACACGCCCACCUGGUACGACACUACGGUGGCUGAGAAGGGUCUAGCUGCGGCCGCGAAAAGUUGUACUUUCAAAUAUGGUCAGAAGAGAGCACGCCCAACACGUGAGGUUUACAGACAACAAACAACAUGGCGCAUCGAGUACAGACAAACAACACAACACUCCGUGAUGGAGCACGCCCAGAGCUCAACAAAUUGGACUCGGACACCUUCCAGUGUCCAUUUUGUGAAAGGACCGGGUCACACCCAGCCGUCACAUGUACAUUAUGUCUUGCAUGUGCUAAUAAAAUUCUCAUUACAGUAUGCCUGGUAUUUUGCCAUGGAGGCCAGCUUUGACUUCAGCAUUCAUGACAUGUCUCUCCUGAGAAGGUGGUGGUGUGUUAUCCUGGUGGAAAACUUUGGACUGGAAGGGUAUGGAAAGAGGUUUGCUCACUAUAGUGAGGGAGGCAGGGCGACCCUUAGCGACAAUGUCCCACGUACAUUCAGGAUCAGUCGUAAAAGGACGCAUGCAAGCAGCACCAUGAUGCCCCUGGACACUGAUGAGGACCACUCCUAUAACAAGAGGCCUUACAGCUUCCUUCCUAAAGAGUCGGUUAGUGAAUGGACACAUUAAAGUGUACAACCCCUGAUGCAUGUGAUUUUAUAAUAUUACAUAUGACUUCUUUAUACCAUCUAGUCUUAUCAGUAAGAUGGAACUUUGUUCUCAUGACCUCGCCAAGAACAUGAGUGAGGAAGCGCACCAAAGGCUGAAGGACUUGUGAAAGAUUCCGAGGAGUUUAUUAUUUAUUCAAUAUUUUUUUAAGUUGACCAGCUCUGAUUUUCCAUUUGAUGUUCUGUUCAAUAAAUGUUCAUUGAGGAAAA